AUGUCCAUGAUGAGCUCUACUACGACGACUUCAAUGAGCAACAAUUUCAAUCAAACCACAAUUCCUUCUGAAUCGAAUCCAUCACUUUUACCUGCUAUACGACAACAACAACAACAACAAAGUCAACAUCGUAGAUCUCAUUCACUUAAUUUUGCAGCAGCCUUGAAUCGAAGAGCCUCCAAAAGAACCGGUUCAUCUAGUUCAACCCUAGCAAACCAAACCACCCGAGCAGCCAUUCAUACCUUACCAAUCAUUCAACCUGAUACUUAUUGGAAUUCUUAUCAAAACUCACGACAUUUUAAAAUCAGUCUUAGAGAACCUAGACAACAAGUUACCAGUUUACUUGCUCUAAGUUCGAUUCCUAGACCGAUCACACCACCUUUACAUGAAGAUUCAGAACCGAGUGCAGCUACUUUGAUUGCGAAUGUGACAAGAUUGGUGAUGGAAGAAGAGGCCACUAAUGCUGCUAUUGCUGCUUCACUACAAACUCUUGAGAAUGAAGUGAAUGUGAAUGGAUUGAAUGAGAGUGAUGAAUUGGAUUUGUUAUCUAAUUCUUCUUCUUCUUUACCACCUCCAUGUCAUGAUUUGAAUGCUACAACUCCAACUCAUCAUCAACCUCAAUCUAAAGCUCGACCUGUUUCAUUUCCAUCAUCAAUUCCACAUAAUCUCAUUCAACCUACUUCAUUAAGUCCUAUUCCAGAUUAUUCUCCACCUACUACUCCUCCUCACUCUCAAAGAGCUUCAUCACCAAUACCUUCAAUGGAUCAAGAUCAUCCACCACAACCACCAUCUUCUUCACUUCCGCCUCUUCAAUCUCCUCCUACACAUUCUCCAGAGGUCUUUGUGAUUGUUAGACCUCCACCUUCAAAAACUAAUCAUCCACUCAAUCUUCAAGUUCAAUUGGUCUUACCUACCUUACCGGCUAAUUCUGCUUCAGUUCAUCAAAAUGAGUCUUCUAACUCUGAUCUUAGAAGGACUCCUAGUGUUAGGAGUGGUCAAUCGGAAAGAUCUAACUCUAGUCUUCUCAGUAUGACCAAUAGUGAAGCUUCAAGAAGAGGUAGAAGGGUUACUCCUCUCUAUAACCUUCAAUGGCAUACUGUCUUACCUACUUGGAUCUCGGAUGCAGGUACUGAUGCCAAGAUUGCAAAGUUUAUCAAGAAAGGCAUCGAAAUCAUUGAUUUUGCAAUCAUCGAACCAGGCGAGAUCAAGAAAGGAAUUCCUAAUUUACAACAGUUUAAUCUAAGUCGAACUUUAUCAAAUCAAGUUCCAGCAUCUAAUUCUAGUAUCAGUAGUCAUCAUUCGAUUACCAACACAUCUGAAAAUGAAAACACUAAACUUAAUGGACCUACGAACUGGUUUAAGAAGAUUAAAACGAUUGGCACGUUGGGGUCUAAACGAUCACCUAUUCCUCAACCUGUGGUGAUUGUCAAUGAACCUGAAGGCAAUGAAGUAGUAGCAGAUAGUGAUGGGGCAUUAAGUUCAACAGGACCUAGUCUUGAAUCUAAUCGAAGAGCAGAAGGAUAUGUUUGGAUGGUCAGGAAAUGGUUAAGAGAAGAAGCACCUGAAUCGAUUGUCUUGAUCGAAUGGAGAAAAGGAUCGAAACCGAAGACGAAAAAGAAUCUUCGAUCAUUGACGGUGAUUGAUUCUAAUACGAAUUCCAAUCAAGCUUCUUCAUCUAGACGACAUUCGAUCCAAGUAGCUGGUGAAGCAGAAGUCAUGGAUCCUAACUUUCAUCCAAGACCACCACCUUCAGUGAUCGAAGAAGAAAGAGAAACUAAUGAGGAAGAUGAAGAAGAUGAAAGUGAUGCAGAAGAUUCGGAAAGACCUUGGCAUUGUAAAUUAGUUGUUAUCAAUCAAGAUUGUCAACUUCAUAACACAGAAGGCAAACGAACGUAUAUCGGAAGUUUUACACCUCAACCACAUCAUCCUAGAAUCGUUGGCAAACUAACGGUCCCAUGGAAUCUCGAAACCAUCUAUCCGGAUGAAGAUUCGAAAGCUGUCUCGGUAGAAGAAAUGAAAGAUUUGAUUGUCAUCACAUCGAUGUGGUUGAUCGUUAGGGAAGAACUAGGUGGAGGCAAUCCGAAUCAACAAGUUAAACUAUCAGGAAAGAUUUUACACCCUACGGUCGUUUUACCAUUACCUUCAUCUAUUGGAGGAGGAGGAGUGUCUUCUUCUUCUUCUAAGAAUCGAAAUCGAAAUUCGAUUUCUGUGUUUGGGGUUGGGAUUGGAGGUAAUCAAAAUCCAAAGAAUCAAGAUCGUCAAGAUCAUGAAGAUCAAUCUAAUUUAAUUUCAAACUUGAGUAAACUUAGAAUGCCUUCUGCUGGAAAUGGAAUUCAAACUUUUCAGAAUCAUAAGAAAUCAUUGAUAAAUUGGUCAAAGAUUGGAAAGUUGAAUCCUUGAUGAUUUCUAACAAUAAUGAUAAUGGAAACUUUUCAUGGUCUUUUUUUCCAAAGCUAAUGUUUUGAUUUUUGUAUAUUGAUUUGAUUUCUUUUCUUCUUCUUUUUUUUAAAAAAUCUUAAUCUCUUUUGAUCAUCUUUAUUUCUAUAUAAAUAUACAAUCAAUUUAAUUUAAUCCUUUAAACUAGUGCUAAAAUUAAUUUAAUCUUUGAAAUGUUUUUUACUAGAUUUUGAUUUUGUAUCAACAUUUCUUUCUUUACGACGAAUGGGGAUGUAUAAAAAAACGUGUUAAAAAUUGGUUUUGGAUUUUUUUUCCCUUUUUGUUUCCAAUAAUUUUUUUUUUGGUAUAUACAUUUCGAAACCUUAUAAAAAAAAUUAUAAUAAGCAAUCAUUUUAUUUUAUCUCGUUUUUUUCCUUUUUUUUUUACACGACAUCUUUAUAUAAUUUAUAUAUAUGUAUGCAAAGCAAAUGAAAUGAAAAUUUAUAGUAGAUUUAAUGUUUUUAAACUAAUU